AUGUCUACCGAGUUUCGAUCCGAAAUCAUUGAAUUCUCCCGUAAUCUGCAAAGCAGCUUGGGCUGGUAUAAUGCGUUUGAACCAGAUACCCACGGGGUCUUGAGUGGUAAGCCGGAAAACCUUCGAAAACACCGGGAAUCAUGUAUCACACUUCACGGAUAUCAGAGCUUUGAGUGCGAGGUGAUCUGCGCGUUUUCACUGAGGCCUGUGUCGGCAGACAAGUUUCGGGACUUUGGAAACACAAACGACACCACAUUUCGAUUUGCUCUCACAGGAGGCAAUGAAACCCCUGCCUUCCGAGUUAAUCUUUGUUUGCAAGGGAAGAAACGUGCCUGGUACUUUCGUCUCCUUUGGACCGCCUCAGGCGAAAAGGGCUUUCAAACCGCACGACCAGACAACGUCGCAACAGAAAUCCCAGCGCCAGGUUUCUAUACCUUCUCAAAUCGCCUACAAAGUGUGCAAUGGAUGGGUGGUCCAACCGAGAUUCUGAAUGAAUACCUCGCUCAGCUGACCCGCGGUAAGGCGGGAAGUGAAUACUAUCAGGUCUAUUGGACGCACAGCCAACCCCCAGUAGCUUAUGGAUUUGAUGUGCCGCAAAAUAUUGACGACGACCUGUCAACUGCUCAAAAAACGACACUCCACUUUUUCCGCCGAGCAAGGGACCCUGACAUGUCCAUUAGAAUAGCAACAAGGGCACGGGCAACGUUAAUGGAUGCUUGGAAGAGAAUGUGCGCAAUGCCGGUGCCAACGUUUGCGGCAUACCCGUUGUACGACUGCCGAUAUGUUGUCGAGCAAGCAAGGUGCGCACGGAUGCGCAACAUUCCUCCGAUUACAGAUCCACUCGUCGAAGCCCAUCAUCGCCGACGAGUCAAAGGUUGGAUGAACACGCCACCCGGUUACGACAGAGUGACAGCUAUCGUGAGUGUGCCGGUUAAGUAUGCCUUCAUCAACGAGCGGGAAUAUGAAGUUAUCAGAACUAUUGGCUUGCGACGUGAAGCUGAGCACCAGAAAUCGCAAUACAUCGGCAUCUUCAACCACGAGUAUGCAUUCGACAUAUACCCAGUGUCCACGAUACACGGGAACCGAAAUCCUGUGAUGGAUGAAUACUUCUAUGGUUUGCUGGAAGUGACGCCGGCCCCUGGGGCCGCGUCAAAUACCUUCACUGAGCAAUCUCUUGCCAUCCCUGAACCCGGUACCUACGUCGUUGUUACUGAAAGACGUCGAGCUGCGAGUAGCAGCGCUGGAGAAAACAAGUGGCCUGGGGUACUCAUUAACCCACCAAAGCUCCCUCCGAAUAUCACAGUACCACCAAACUUUGUAUGUAUCCGAAUCAAGCGACCCGAGCGAUCUGACGCAACCGGUAAUGUGCUUCGCCUGGAAGGUAAUGUAUCCUUCGGACGAGAAGAGGCAGCCUUUGUUCAGUUGAGCAAUGCCAUCCAAGCUGUAAUGUAUGGGAACAAGGACCUGGGGGUCCCGAGGAACAACCCGCUGAAGACGCUGCUGCUUGGGCGGGACAACUACACCAUCUGCCUGCACAGAAAGCUGGAAGCAUUACCAACAGACGCCACUUCAUACCUUGACAGAAUCAGGCAUCGGAUGAAUGUCGAACAGUACCAAGCCGUCGAAUCAGCUCUGUCCGUCGGAGAGACAUUCAGGGAGCUCGUCACACUGGUAACUGGACCGCCAGGUACCGGCAAAACCUCGGUGUCCGCAAGAAUCGCGUUGUACCAUUAUGAAACUAAGAAACCGCUGCUGAUCGUAUGCGGUUCGAACCAGGGACUUGACGUGAUCUCGAAGAGAAUUUUGAAGAGUCUUGGAUUGUCGAACGAACUUAGUGGUCCCGUAGGCAUUUUUCGAUUGGACACAGAAUAUCAGGAGGAGGCGGAAAGCCAGUUCGCACCUGGCAUCCAAGCUGGAUCUGACACCGAAUUCGUCUCCAAAAUCCGCUCGGACCUGGGUCAGUUGGGUAUUUCAGAUGAAGAAUUUAAUUUACUCCGGUCAAGUGUCGAAUCAUCCACUAGUAAGGAAAACAAGUUGUCUCUUGGACAUCAUAUCAUCCAGCGUCUUGACUACGCCAAAUGGUUGGGGUCCAGGUGGCUUGAAAGUGAGGACGAGGAGGUGAUUCUAUUGUGGACUUUCCUCACGUAUCAGGAGGCACUUGCCAGGCGCGGGUUUUUAUUUUUAGAGGACGUCUCAGAAGGUGCGGCUGACUAUCGUCGUGCAGUGGUAAACGCCGCCGACACGCUCGUUGGGGAAGAUUCGGCAGAAAUGCUGGCAAAUCUGAUAACUCGACGGAAGGCAGCAUGGAGGGAGCUCCAGCGGUUCUACCUGAAGAGGGCCCGGAUUGUGCUCUGCACGGCCAGCACAGCCGGCCGCAAGGAGGCUUCCCAGUUAACCGAAGCGACCGCAGUGAAUGGUAUCGCUCGCUACUUGGGGUCGGUUAAAAAGAUUGUACUCAGUGGUGACAUCAGGCAGUUGGGCCCAACUGUCACGUCCAUAUACGCCAAUGAGUUCUAUGAUUUCGAGAAACUAUCCCUCUUUGAACGCCUCCUCUCCCAAGAUGUCCCAGACGUCAAACUCCUUCGCCAGUAUCGCAUGACACCCCAAAUAGCACAAUUCCCCAACAAAGAGUUCUAUGGUGACCGCCUCGUGACCGACCCUACCGCCGACACGCACUGUAUGGAGUUCCAGGCGGUAAUGAAGGAGCGCUACGGUGUAAAAUCCGGAGAUUGUUACUUCUUGUCUAUUACGCACUCUAGUUUGUGGCGGCGCCGAAAUGCGUCGUCAAUGUUCAACCCAGAGUACGUUGCGGAGGUGACAGAAUUGGCCCGCGCCUUCAUUAAUGCCAGCAUCUGCCAGGAAGAUAUCCUGAUCCUCUCCUAUUAUUCAGAGGAAAUUCGGGUGCUGAAACAAGCAAUUCAUGGUAUACUCAAAUACGGUGCCGUCGAGAUCAAGUCUGUCGACUCCGCUCAGGGUAGUGAGGCGAGGGUGGUCAUCCUCUCGACCACUCGGCCAGGGGGGAGUCUCGGAAUGGGGUUCGUUGCCGACCGACAGCGGCAAAACGUCGCAAUAACUAGGGCACGCCAAGGUCUUGUCAUUGUCGGCCAUGCGGGGAUGGGUAACUCCUCCUCGGCGGCGGCGCAAUCCUGGGUCAAGCUCGUCCAGCACUACCGUGAGAAUGGCCGCCUGAUCUCCACCAAAGGCAACCGACAUAACCUGGUGAACGCGCUUAAGAUCCCGAAUGAGAAAAAUUUCACGCAAGUAACGGCCCGUUGA